GGCAACAAUUUUUGAACUCAAAACUCAUAAGGACCAAGUGACCAACCCCAGCUUGCGUCCCCAGAACAUCCUUUGGGGUCCUUCUUCAACGGCUCCUCCAGAGCCAUUUUAAAAUUCAAAUUGAAGAUCCCGUACGCUAGCAAUGGCGAGUGCUGAUGCCUCCCGAAUUACACCAACGAAGACACCGGCAUCUGAAAGGUCAUCACCCGCUGCUUCCACAACAACAAGAAAACAUCACCAUCGCCGCCAUGACGUUCCCUCCGCUUCUGAAUUGAGGACACGGUUCGAAGCCUACAAUCGCCUUCAAGCAGCUGCGGUUGCCUUCGGAGAGAAAUUGCCUAUACCGGAGAUCGUUGCUAUUGGUGGCCAAUCUGAUGGAAAAAGUUCUUUGCUCGAAGCCUUGCUGGGAUUCAGAUUCAACAUCCGGGAAGUCGAAAUGGGUACCCGACGCCCUCUUAUUAUGCAAAUGGUCCACGAUUCCAGUUGUUUGGAGCCUCGAUGCCGCUUUCAGGAGGAGGAUUCUGAAGAAUAUGGGAGUCCCAUUCUUUCGGCCUCUGCAAUUGCGGAUACCAUAAAGUCACGGACAGAAACACUUUUAAGAAGAAAUAAGGCUGCAGUGUCUCCCAAAUCUAUUAUCAUGAGAGUAGAAUAUGCACAUUGUCCUAACCUCACCAUUAUUGAUACACCAGGGUUUGUUCUGAAGGCAAAGAGGGGUGAACCUGAUAACACACCUGAUGAGAUUCUAUCAAUGGUGAAGUCACUAGCCACUCCACCACACCGUAUUCUUUUGUUCCUUCAGCAGAGCAGUGUGGAGUGGUGUUCUUCUCUAUGGUUGGAUGUUCUUCGUGAAAUCGAUCCAACUUUUAGGAGGACGAUCAUUGUUGUCUCCAAAUUUGAUAACAGGCUCAAGGAGUUUAGUGACCGCUGGGAAGUUGAUCGCUAUUUGAGUGCAAGUGGGUACCUUGGGGACAAUACUCGCCCAUAUUUUGUGGCACUGCCUAAGGACCGAACUGCAGUCUCAAAUGACGAGUUUCGGAAGCAAAUCUCUCAGGUUGACGCAGAAAUAUUGCGUUAUCUCCGUGAUUGUGUUAAGGGUGGUUUUGAUGAGGAAAAAUACAGGUCCUAUGUUGGGUUUGGUUGUCUUAGAGAUUAUCUGGAAACUGAACUCCAAAAGCGAUACAAAGACGCUGCACCAGCAACCCUUGCCCUGCUUGAACAGCGAUGCAGUGAGGUUACUGCUGAAUUAGCUAAAAUGAAUUCCAAAAUACAAGCGACGUCUGAUGUUUCACAUCUCCGAAGAUCAGCCUUGCUGCAUGCUGCUGCUUUAUGUAAUCAUGUGGGUGCACUUAUCGAAGGAGCAGUAGACCCUGCCCCUGAACAAUGGGGAAGAACUACUGAAGGGGAAAGGUCAGAGAGUGGUAUUGGUAGCUGGCCUGGUGUUCCAGCGGAUAUUAAACCUCCAAAUGCUACACUUUGCCUGUAUGGAGGUGCUGCUUUUGAGAGGGUUAUGCAUGAAUUUCGAUGUGCUACGUAUUCGGUUUCAUGCCCCACCGUGUCGAGGGAGAAGGUAGCAAAUAUUUUACUUGCUCAUGCCGGCCGAGGUGGGAGUAGAGGGGUUACAGAUGCAGCUGCUGAGAUCGCAAGGGCUGCAGCACGCUCAUGGCUUUCUCCUCUUCUUGAUACUGUGUGUGAUCGUUUAUCCUUUGUUUUAGGCAACCUCUUCGAACUUGCCAUCGAAAGAAAUCGUCGAUGUGGCUCACAUUAUGGGGAUAAAGAUGGGGACGUUAAUGGAUAUGUUGGUUUUCAUGCCUCUCUAAGGCAGUCUUACAACAGCUUCAUAAAAGAUCUAUCCAGGCACUGCAAACAACUUCUUCGGCAUCAUCUUGAUUCCGUUACUAGCCCAUAUUCUCUAGUGUGCUAUGAGGACUUGCCGGGCACAACUUUUGGAACAGGUUCAAAUUCUUCAAUAUACGGAUGGAAUCAAGCCUCAGCAAGUUCAUUUUGCCUUGAACUAACCGAUGGUGGUCGGCGUAGCGAUGUGGUGGUAGCUGAAGACCAAGAAAAUAUUCCUCCCGGAAAGAAUGUGCAAGAAACAACACCUGGAAAAGUUGGAGAGGCCAGAGACACUCUUCGCGAAAGUCUGGUGACUGUGCCCGAAACGCCAUCCCCUGAUCAACCUAACGAUGCAGCAGACUAUGGAAUAAAAAAAGAACUUGGGAAUUGCAUUGAAGUUGGAGCAAGAAAACGCCACUCCAGACUUGGCAGUAAAAAAAAUCCUGAUCAUUUGAGGGGUCAAAAUGUGAGCCUCUUGUUCGGAAGUGGGGAUGCAAAUUUGACAAGGUCACCAUACGCAGAGAUCUGUGCACUUGCUGCAAAGCAUUUUGCCCGAAUGCGGGAUGUUCUGGUUGAGCAGAGCGUGUCAUCAACUUUGAACUCCAGCUUUCUCACUCCUUGUCGGGAGAGGCUUUUGGUUUCCCUUGGGCUGGAUCUGUUUGCUGUCAGUGAUGAGAAAUUCAUGGACAUGUUUGUUUCGCCCGGUACAAUUGAUGUUCUUGAGAGUGAACGCCAAUCCCUUCAGAAACGGCAAAAGACACUAAAUUCUUGCUUGAACGAGUUCAAGAGUGUGGCUAGGGGACUUUGAAUUGAAUUGCUCUGGUGUUGGACGAUGGUCCGUCCAUGCCCUCCGUAUCCAAUUAAGCAACACGAAUCUGUUGCUUACUCUUGUUCGGGUUGUUCCUCAAGAUAUGCUCUCUCUCAGCCUGUCGCAAUCUGGACGCUUUCUUAGUCUAACUGCUGUGCACCCGGAGUCAUCUGUAUGAGAUUUUCAAGUGGUAUUUCCAUUUUAGAUUAGCAAUGGAGAUCGAUUUGUUUUUAAAUACCAAUGUACUCUAAUUGUUUGUGUAAAAGAGUCAUAAUGAAAAAAAGAAAAAAUUGAUGUGUCACUU